GGACAGCCACAAGAGCAGAAGACAUGGGGAACCAGACCGAUACCAACAAUGGACCUGGAGAUAAACAGCUGAAGGGCUUGAGCAUGGCUCCCCGGCAAAGGCAUGGAGGCUCCCACUUCAGUUUCUUAAGUAUCUCUUGAACUCCCGUGUUGGGUGAGUUCGUGGUUCAAGCUCAUUCCUUCUAAAUUACUACAAAACAAUCACUGGAUCCUACUCCCACCUGCUUUGGCUCACAGGGGAGCUCAGGCCCACCGCCAGGCUGUGGCAGCCAUUUCCCAUGGAUUGCUGGAUGAGGGAGUGGUGGGUUCAGGUGGGGCUGUUGGCCGUGCCCCUGCUGGCGGCCUAUCUGCAUAUCCCCCCUCCCCAGCUUUCUCCCGCUCUUCACUCUUGGAAGUCCUCGGGCAAAUUUUUCACCUACAAGGGACUGCGCAUCUUCUACCAAGACUCUGUGGGUGUGGUUGGAAGUCCUGAGAUAGUUGUGCUUUUACAUGGCUUUCCAACAUCCAGCUAUGAUUGGUACAAGAUUUGGGAAGGUCUGACCCUGAGGUUUCAUCGAGUGAUCGCGCUUGAUUUCUUGGGCUUUGGCUUCAGUGACAAACCAAGACCGCAUCACUACUCCAUAUUUGAGCAGGCCAGCAUCGUGGAGGCACUUCUGCGGCACUUGGGGCUCCAGAACCGCAGGAUCAACCUUCUGUCUCAUGAUUACGGAGACAUCGUUGCUCAGGAGCUGCUCUAUAGGUUCAAGCAGAAUCGAUCCGGUCGGCUUACCAUAAAGAGUCUCUGUCUGUCAAACGGAGGUAUAUUUCCUGAGACUCACCGUCCUCUCCUUCUCCAAAAGCUUCUCAAAGAUGGAGGCAUGUUGUCACCCAUUCUCACUCGACUGAUGAACUUCUUUGUGUUCUCCCGAGGUCUCACCCCAGUCUUUGGGCCGUACACCCGCCCUUCUGAGAGUGAGCUGUGGGACAUGUGGGCAGGGAUUCGCAACAACGAUGGGAACUUAGUAAUCGACAGUCUCUUACAGUACAUCAACCAGAGGAAGAAGUUUAGAAGACGCUGGGUGGGAGCUCUUGCUUCUGUAACUAUUCCCAUUCAUUUUAUCUAUGGGCCAUUGGAUCCUGUAAAUCCCUAUCCAGAGUUUUUGGAGCUGUACAGGAAAACGCUGCCGCGGUCCACAGUGUCGAUUCUGGAUGACCACAUUAGCCACUAUCCACAGCUAGAGGAUCCCAUGGGCUUCUUGAAUGCAUAUAUGGGCUUCAUCAACUCCUUCUGAGCUGGAAAGAGUAGCUUCCCUGUAUUACCCCCAUCCCCAACCCACUCCCUUAUCUGUUGUGUAUUCCACUUAGGAAGAAAUGCCCAAAAGAGGUCUUGGCCACCAAACACUAUUCUCUCACAAAAGUCCACCUGACGCACAUUGGUGAUCAACAUAUAGUCAAAAGCCCACAGAAGCUCCGGCUAAGGAUGGCCCUAACAGUCCACCUCCUGUUCUUUUCACACCUGAGCGAGUGUAUGGACUUGCCUUUGCGCUAUUAGGAACUUCUUCAAAGUCUUUUUAACACUUCUGUGGACUUUUCUGAAAUAUCUAGAAAUGCUCAUUUGGGGCCCAUCCUUGACCGGAGUCCUAUGGUAAAGACAGAGGAGAGGGUGUCUCCUGACUUGUCCUUGAACGGCUGUAAGGGCACAUGCGUUCUUAAGUUCUCUCAGCAACACAGCUUCAAGUGAGAGUGAGUCUCCCUUGUCAUAACUUGGGAUUUCGUUUCAUCGGCUGCUUUUAUUAAUAGACAUUUUGUUUAAAAUAGGGUUUGGUUUGAAUAACGCAGUAUUCUAAGUAUACUUUAAGACUACAAUUUACCUACAUGUAUUAUAUGUAUUUUUUAAGGAUACUAAACCAGCAGAUACUCUGGCAGAGGAGUGAACCUUAUUAAAUAGGUUUAAUUUCUGAA